GAUAGAUAUUUCUUCAAAUCUAAGCCCUAAAGUAUUAUUUUGGGGAAGAAAGUAACUUCAGAAGACCUAUUAUCCCUCAUGAAAGCGGGUAUUGCCUCGCCGCUCUCAAACAAAAUAGUGUAUUAACAUUCACAAAACCCACUGUUUUCAGCGUCUUUCUCAUCGUUCAAACCAAAGAAGUAUUUGCUGCAAAAUUUUGGGUUUUUGAAAUGGAGGAUACACCUAAAGUAGAAGACCUGUUGCCCGAGGGCCCCACAGAAAGUGCGUCUGAGAAGAUACCAGAAACCCUUGAGGAGAUGCUUUCCAGGCAUAGGAAAGAAAUCUCUCAGCUACAGGACAAAGAAAUUGCAAUGAAAAAGGCAGCGGCUAAAGGCAGCAAAGCUGAACAGAAAGCUAAGAAGAAACAAGUGGAUGAAGAAGUAGCUAAACUUUCUGCGAAUCUCAAAGAAAGGCAUGCUGGGGAGCUUUCUUCUUUAGGCUACAGUGGUGGUAGUAAUAAUGGGAAGGAAAAAGGGAAUCUCGACACGUUGGUGAAGGCUAUUGCUGGGGUUUCCGUUGGUGGCCAAAAUGACCAUUCAAAACCCAGCAAGAGUGUCAAGAGGCGUGAGAAAAGAGCUCAACAAGAAGCAGCCCGAGAGCAGAGAAUACAAGAAGAGCAGAGCAAUAUCGUAAGUGAUCGAGUUAUUGAGAAUGAAAAGUUAGACAGUAAGCUUGAGCCCCUUGGAUUGAUGGUUAACGAAAUAAAGCCUGACGGACACUGUCUCUACCGAGCUGUUGAGAAUCAGUUAGCUGUCCGCUCCGGUGGUUCAUCUCCUUAUACGUAUCUUGAACUGCGACAGAUGGUUGCAGCUUACAUGAGGAAACAUGCAACCGACUUUCUCCCCUUUUUCCUCUCUGAGAAUGCGGAAGGAGGAGAAUCAGAUGAUUCUCUUGUGGAAAGAUUCGAGAACUACUGUAGAGAAGUGGAGUCAACCGCUGCAUGGGGAGGACAACUUGAGCUUGGUGCUCUAACUCACAUCUUAAAGAAACAUAUAAUGAUAUUCUCUGGUUCAUUUCCUGAUGUGGAGAUGGGAAAGGAGUACAAAUCUGACAACGGCUCUGGCUCUUCGACUUCCAGUAUAAUGCUAUCGUACCACAUGCAUGCUUUUGGGCUUGGAGAGCACUAUAACUCCGUUGUUCCCAGUUCAGCCUAACAGGUUUGAUUUUUGUUAUGUGCACAAAGUGUUUACAUCGACAUGAUAAUAGCUCAACUGAUGUCAUCGUUUACAACAAACCUAUCUACAGUUCAUAUACUUUUUUCUCAAAGCCCUCCGUUUUGGUCCAAGACUGAUGGUGGCUGUUUAUGCUAGGCAACGGUUUCUUUUAUGUCAUUUGAGUCGACUGCGUUUUGUCAUUCACAAUGCUAUUGGAGGACUAAAAUCCUAACUUAUGGGUUUGGUUUUCUGUUUUGUGAUAACUCAUAUACUUCCAUUUGUAUUCCAAAUUUAGAGCAGCUUUGGUUUGUUGUCAGUACGCGCAUGCAUUGUAAUUUUUUCUCUUUUUGGUGGGCUGUUAUCAUGUUUGGUUGCAGCCAGACUUGCUAGACUGCUACUCUCAUAUCUCAUCCUACAUAUAUAUGUUGUGUGAUAGAAUACCAGAAAAUCUACAGGUUCUUCUUUAAAA